AUGCUCGUACCCAGCUUCGCUGCCCCCUCAUUUACUGCUCAAUACGGUCAGCAUCUUCCCCCUGAGAUCACUUCAAGCAUCAUCUUUACCCUCUACCACGACAAGGCUUUCGGAGCCCUAGCAAAGCUUCAAAGAACAUGCAAGGCAUUCUACGGUAUCUUCACGCCGCUCAUAUAUCGCCAUAUACACCUGGACCGACAAACCCUCCAUGGUCUCAUGUGUCAAUUUUUGGUGAAAGACGCGGACAGUGAAGAAUGGUGGGUUCCUCAAGAUUGGUACAAAAAAGAGAACAUGGCUCCCACUGUUGAUCCUUUGGAUCUGGAUAUGAUGGAUGUACCAUUCCAAGUCAGGAUGAGAUCUUUACUAGCCUUGGUGGAAAGUAUCACAGUUCCACAUUCUGUCAACAGCAUUACACAAGAUCCGUUCACCAACAAGAUUCAUGCAAUAGCGAGUAGCGUCUGGUCAUCAACGAAUCAAAGACUGUUUCCUAACCUCAAAUACCUAUGCCUGCAGGGGACCCCCUUCCAACCAAUUGCUGUUGGGCCUGUAUCGAUCUUCUUAGGAUCGGCCAGUGAGCCCACACACCUCUGCUUACAUUAUCCUGAGGCAUGUACCAAUAUUCCCAGCUUGUUGUGCCAGAAGGAUAACACUGUCACCAACUUGACGAUACACAACUCUUGCGGUGUGGAAUUACCCAUUCUUUCUCAAGUAGAUUUAACGAUGAUAUACAUGUCCAUAACAUGUGAUCCUUCUUGCGAAAAAUCCCGAGAUCGGAAUGGACUAUGUUCAGGGCAUUCGGCUGAAUACAAAGCUCGACAAUUAUUCUCUGCGGGUAUCAAGCAAGCUACAUUGAGUAAUAGGGAUGCCAAAACAUGGAAGAUAGGUAUGGUGGCUGAAACCCCUUCCAAGGCUGCAGAGGAGCUACAGAAGAUCCGAAUGGAAUUCAAAAGACUAGUAGUCGAGUCUUGCGGGAACCUGGACGCAGUAAGCAGCAGGAACAAAGAUGUGGAACUGAAGAAGGGAACACGUGCCUACAUUCGACAAUGCGCCAAGCAAUUUGUCGAUAACCUCAGGUGGUUGACUCCAGAUGAGUUGAAGCAUGAACCUGAUUGUGAGAUCUGCGGAGCUACGCUCAACGAUGCACACAGACCUCAUCCCUCAGGGAAAUCUGUGUAA